AGUCAAAACUGACGUGUUCCGUGACUCGACUCAUAACGCGAGUUCUUUGGUAUCUUUUCUCGCAAUCAGUCAAGUUGCCAUUGGACGAGGCACCCAAGGAACGCAAUGAAUCGAAUCAGAAUCAAUCCACAAUCGAAGCUGCCAUAGCUUCUUGUAUUUCAAGCAACCAUGAUGAAGAGUAUCCUUGUCGGGGGUGUCUUGGGUCUGUUGAUCCCCUUGACCACGUCGUUCACGACGAUUCCAACGGUUGGUACCCAAGCACUCCGUUCCACCAGUUUGUUUGGCAUUGCCGUAGACGAUAUUGAAGAUGUUGGAUAUUACGCGAAAAUCAAGAAACCACUGGGAGUGGUCUUUGGUGAAAACAAGGAGCCUUAUCUUGGAUUGCGAGUGGACGAUGUGGAACUGGGUUCGGCAGGAGGCGCUGCAGGAUUGCGAGUGGGAGAUCAAUUGAUGGCCGUCAAUGACGUCGUCGUGAUUGGAAAUUCAUUUGACGAAGCCAUGGGACUCCUCCAAAGCAGCCCUGCCAAAAUGACACUGUUGCUGUACAGAGGAUCCGUCCGAGAUGUCUACAAUAUCCUCAAUAAGCGCGGUAUCGAGGCCGAUAGUGAUGGUGGAGAAGAAGAGGUCAUCAUGGAUGAAAACUACGAAUCUCCCGUCAGAGUAGAAGUUGUGCCAGAGGAAAACUUUGAUUUCAUGAAAGCAUUUUCCAAGCUCACAGGAGGAGGCGCUAAGAGAGAUCAAGAUGACGAUGACGAAUAUAUUGCAUCCGCUCCGCCCAAGCAAGAGAAAAAGAAAGGCGGCGGGCUGUUCGGCAUGUUUGGCGAGUCCAUUCAACUAGAUGGAGAUGAUGCCACUGGCACAAAAAUUAAAUGAACAACCCGAUCUGCUACAAAUAGGAACACAGUGGAUAUACCGGUAGCAAAGAAUUAACAGAGAAACAAUUCACACUUGGCAGAGAUGAUGCCAUACUCAAAGCCGACGUUGUAGAAACAAAAUUGAUACCGGAUUGAAUGCUGAUUGUUGUAUGUGUGACGC